GGCUGCGUAUCACGCCUCACUCUCGCUCAGGCUGGUGAUUGGACUUUAAUCGCAGCUUGUCCGAGGGGAGGUAUGCUGUACUUCCCUGUUAGCCGAGAGCUGUUCCAGCUUCCUGUUUGUGUUUACUGUGGUGUCUUAUUAAAGAAGUGAUUGUCCUCCAGAUUCCUUUUUUAACCCUGUUAUUUUAGUAAAGGAGAAAUGGCUGUGGCGGAAAACAAUAUGGAAGACAUAAAUCCUGUGUUAAGAAUAAGUCAACUGGAUGCUAUUGAAUUAAACAAGGCAUUGGAGCAAUUAAUCUGGUCUCAAUUUAACAGCUGUUUUCAAGGCUUCAAACCAGGACUUUUGAGUCGCUUUGAACCAGAGAUUAAAGCGUUUUUAUGGCUGUUCUUAUGGAGGUAUACAGUAUACUCCAAAAACGCUACUGUUGGUCAGUCGAUUUUGAGCAUUCAGUACAAAAAUGACUUGUCUCAAACUAAAACAUACAGGCCACUUAAUAAGCAGCAGAAAUUAUGGUUUGCACUUUUUACAGUUGGAGGAAAAUGGCUGGAAGAAAGGUCCUAUGACUUAUUUAGUAAUCACCCUUUUGGGUCAUCUUUUCAGAGAACAAAGUACUUUAUUAAUGUUGUGUCUGGCCUCCUGAAGAUUUGUGGACUGCUUAAUUUCUUGGUUUUCUUGCAGCAAGGAAAGUUUGCCACACUGGCUGAACGCCUUUUAGGAAUCCGGUCAGUAUUCAGCAAACCUCAAACCAUUCGGCAGGUUGGGUUUGAGUACAUGAAUAGAGAAAUUUUGUGGCAUGGAUUUUCUGAAUUUCUGAUCUUCCUUUUGCCUCUGAUCAACACACACAAACUGAAAUCGAAGAUGUUUUCCUGGUUUAAGCCAGUCAAAGGGCUCUCUUUUACUGAUCCAUCUCUAGUGGCCCUUUGUAAGGAAUGCUGCUUGUGUGGGGAAUGGCCAACGAUGCCACAUACCAUUGGCUGCAGCCAUGUCUUCUGCUACUACUGUAUUAAAAGUAAUUACAUGGCUGAUAUGUAUUUCACAUGCCCUAAGUGUAGCACUCAAGUACACAGUCUGCAGCCCCUCGAGUUCAAAGUGGAAAUUUCUGAAGUUCACACUUUGUAAACUUUGCAAAACAUACUCACCCUGAACUACUCGACAGUGAGGUCUCCCAGUUUCCACAUGUUCUCUGGAUUACAGUGGUGAAAACAUUGGUGUUGAGUUCUUAUGUCAUCUUCCGUCAAACGUAAUUAUGAAGAUUAACUCCACUCUACAUCUGAAAUGCCAUUUUUUUUUCUUUUUUUAUGGAAUCCCUUAAUUGUGACUUUUGUUGUCCCUUGAAAUCUAACAGCGUUUUUAUUUGAGGUGUCUUUUUAUGUCCGAACAUUUAACUGAUCAUGUUUUCUUCUCAAUGUAGAAGAAAGACCACAAUU